AUGUCGUCAGCUCGUCCGACUGCCCUUCAACGACCAGGAUACGGUGAUAAAGGUCGAGACGGUCACAAGGACCGUCGCACAGAAGUCCAGACCAACUCUUUUAUCAUAAACAGCCCAACAAAAUAUUCCGUUUUCUAUCAAUACAUUAUCGAGUUUCGUAGAGCGAUCACAGAAGAUCCAAAGGAUAAGCCCACGGAGGGAGGAAGUAAAGUCACGAAAAGAGCUCCCAUCAAGGGUUCGCGUAGUGAUACGAAGAGGUUAAAGCGCAUAAUAUUAGCUGAAUUACAGAGAGUACAUCGGGAUGAUUGGUUUCAUAAUAUUGGUGUAGCAUUUGAUGGUGGAGAAACCCUAUACACAACAAAGAAAAUUUCAUCGAAGCAGGACAAACUCUUUGAAAUGGUCGAAGUAUUCGAAGAUCAGGAUACUCGUGGUGCUCCUAAUACUUACCACGUAGACAUAAGGGAACACCCCAGCAACCCAGAAAUCCAUCUGGACGAACUGAAGACUCUAAUGGAAGGAGAGGAGUUUGAUUGGGAUUUCUUUGAUAAAGAUGGGAUCAAGGCUUUGAAUGCCAUUGUACAUCAUUAUCCGGCUUUGAGGUAUACUCAGUUUGGGGAGAGUAUUUUUGAUACGAAGGAUCAUCGUCCUUUAGGAGGUGGUGUUACUUUGGUUAGAGGCAUGUUUGAGAGCAUUCGGCCCGGAGAGGGACAGGCGAAAGGAUCUCUGUUUCUGAACACCAAUAUCACUUAUACUACUUGUUAUGAGCCGGUCGAAUUAUCCGCUUUUAUCCAAAAAUUUCUCAAUCUGCAAUCCCUUCCUUCACGGUUCGACCGCUCUCAAAUCGAACGUAUCAAUAGAGCCAUAAAAAAUCUCAAAGUCAAACCUCUUCAUCGUCCUGAUUCGCAAGCAAAGUAUAGCGUCUGUGGUUUAUGGCCCAAAAAUGCAAGCGAAGUCACAUUCAUGAAUAACGAAACAGGUCAGGAAGAAUCGAUUGAGACCUACUUUCAGAGAAAGUAUAAUAUGAGACUGAAACAUCUGCAUCUCGUGGAAAUGAUGGGAAAGAGAGCUGAUAAGAUCCCUAUCGAAGUUUGUGGAAUUGUUGAGGGCCAGCGUUAUCGGGCAAGUCAACUUAAUGGUGAACAGCGUGCCAACAUGAUACGACACACAUCUAAUCCUCCGCGUGAAAUGAAAAAACUUAUUUCUGAUGGUAUUCGUAACAUGCUCUCGGUCAAUUCCGACCCAGUACUACACGCUUUCGGCAUGACAAUCUCUACCGAAUUAGCUGUAGUCCCCGGCCGCGUGCUAAACUUGCCAAACAUUCAAUAUCAUCCCUCUACACAAAACGCCAAUGUCAGACCAAAGCCAGAUGACGGCGGGUGGAAUUUGAGAGACGUGAAGUUUGCAAAAGCGGGAGAAGACUUGAGGGAUUGGUGUGUAGUCAGUUUGCUGCCGGAACAAGCGUUACCGCCGAGAGUGAUCGAAGAUUUUGUGAAUGAAUUGGUCAGGACUUCAAGUGCACAGGGAAUGUACAUUCCAGAAAGGAGACCGCCGGUUAUAGUGCAACGGGGAGGAUAUACAGCUGAAUCUGUUCGAAAUACAUUAACCAGAAUUGCAUCGGACGCUAAACACAAAUUGGGAGCAGCUCCGCAAUUGAUCGUAUUUAUUAUCGAAGACGAUUCCGGACGCAACCGUGAUUUGAAUACGAUACAAUAUAACGCCAUAAAGGAACUUUUUGAUACCAAAUUUGGCAUUCUUACACAAUGCAUUAAGAUGCCACAUGUUCGUAAGAAGAUGAAACAGUAUUGUGCGAAUGUUGCACUUAAGAUGAAUCUAAAGCUUAAUGGUACAAAUUCCUCUCUUAACCUUACACUAAUGCGGAAAGAGCCAGUUCUUAUUCUUGGUGCAGACGUAACGCAUCCUCCGCCUGGAGCAACUGAAUGGCCGUCGAUUGCAGCAGUUGUUGGUUCGAUUGAUGCUGAUGCUGCUCGAUAUGUAGAGAGACAUGUACCUCAAUAUAGAGAGCAAACUACAGGAGAAAAGAAAGGUCGUGCCAGGGAGACUAUCUUGACCAUGGAUCAGAUGUUGUAUGAUAUUUUAAAGGAUUACAGGGAAAGGAAUAACUUAUUACCAAAGAAAAUAAUAAUGUUUAGAGAUGGAUUAUCAGAGAGUCAGUUUGAAAGCUGUGCGUUGGCGGAUGAAUUACCCGGAAUGCGUGCAGCAUGUAAGAAGAUGCGAGCAGAUUAUGAACCCCCGAUUACAUAUAUUGUUGUAGGAAAACGACAUCACACCCGUUUCUAUCCAAUGAAACAAGAGGAUACAGAUCGUAAAGGCAAUUGUAAACCAGGAUUAUUAGUAGAACGCACGAUUACACAUCCUUAUCUAUUCGAUUUCUUCCUGCAAUCACAUUCCAGUCUUCAGGGCACAUCUCGACCCACUCACUAUCACGUGUUACUGGACGAGAAUCACAUACCAGUGGAUGAGCUACAGGACUUUACUUACAAACUGUGUUUCAAUUUCCAGCGAUCCACAAGAGCAGUAUCAAUACCCGCACCUACUUAUUAUGCUCACUUGGUGGCUAAAAGGGCUAGAUCUCAUGUAGAUGUACGCACUGGCCGAUUAAACAAGGUUGAGGAUUACUUGGCUCGUAGGUAUCCAAUGUAUUAUGUCUGA